UUAGUGGGCCGUGCGCGUCCCUGUUUUUGCCUUUUUUAGUUUUGUGUGGCUGGAAAGACUAAAACGGCAAUUUUCAACUUCAUCUCUUACCAACCACCAGAUUUUCUUCUUCCUCAGCACUUUGUAUACACAGGAAAGAAGACAAGCAACCAGGCAAACAGACACUAAGAGACAGACACUGGAGUCAGAGCAGUGUGAAAGCAGCUGUGGACGAGUACUUGAGCAUCGAGACCGCGCUUUACCACCUAUUUUGUUCCCCGGAACCACCCAGCCCCAUGAGAACGUGAUAGUCGAGGACAGCGAUAAGACCCUACAUACAACAAACACCCUGUUUUGGCCUGGUAACCAGGUAACCAGCAACCACGCAAAGAUGACUACCACCCCGCCGUCGUCGUCCGCUAUCAGGACUCCUCCCACUCCUCGCUACGGCUCUCGAUACGACAACUACGAGCCGUAUUCCCCUCGUCGCUCCAAACGCAUUGCUGACCAGCAACAUCUGUUCAGUGGCUCUGCUGCUACUCUAGACGCGAGUACGACUGGUCUUGUUAAAGAACACGCCUUAAGACGCGAUCAGGAGCUACAUCAGCUUGGCAUCAGUGGUAGAGCUACUUACUCUCCACCACACUCACAAGUUAGCUCUCCUAAGCGAAGAAGUGAAAGACUGGACAUGAACUCUCCUUCUCUUUCACCACCACCAAAGAACAGCAGAGUCAGAUCUAAACCUCUUUCAUCUUCACUUCCUCACUCCUCUUCCUCUUCUUCUUCUUCUUCCUCAUACAGAAGCACAAUGGAUGCCAAUACCAACAGCAGCUUGGCUGCCAACGGAAUGCUUCCUACGCCGGCGAAGACUCCUCGUAAGAAGCAAAUCGAAGACCUUGGACCUACAGCUCGCACUCUAUUUUCCAGCAGCUCCAAGCCUGCCCAGGACCCAGCAGCCAUGAUGCCCAAGCGUUCCAAGAAGUACUCAGGUUUUUCACUUGAGAGCUUUGAGACCGACCCUCAGCAGGCUCGUCAGGAGCCUAUAGCUAUCUUUACCGACUCUCGAGAUCGAAUUCCCCAAGUGAACAAUAGCCCAGACAAUCCCUUCCGCAGCAAGCCUGCUGAUGGUGAACCAUCCUCUUCCAAGCUUUCCGCAGACGCUGGCAAAGGCAGGAAGCUCGACGAAAGUAGUCGCAAGCGGGACAAGAACGUGGACAAGGCUAUACGUCGAGAUGACGGAUUACUCUAUGUUUUGUAAGUGUAUCCAGCGUCUCAUUUAUUCCAGGUUACUUUUGAUGCUAAUUAUUCUCCUUAGCCGAGGCAAGAAGGUGUUCCGCAAGUUCAAACCGGAGGUAGAGGAAGAAGAAGAUGAUGAUGAUGACUUGGGUCUUUUGGCAUCUCGCAGCGAACUCACAUCCGAGUCUAUACCCCGCAUCCGCCCUCUGACCCGUUCAUCCAUCAAACCCCGUGUCCUGUUCCCUGAAGCUAGAGCCGCUCCUGUUACCCGUGAGAAAGAA